CCCUCUUUCAUUGCUCUUUAAUCCUUUCAACAAUCAGCAUGUUAAAUUCUCUAAAAAAAAUAUAUCAAAAUCGUUUUUAAAUUUAGCAAAAAAAAAACUUCACUCAGUACAAAUUCCAAUUUCGACCUAGUGUUCGACCUUCUUUUCUUUUUGCCAAAACAAAUUUUCAUGUAAGCGCCAUGUCCCAGGAUAUGUCGACCUUCUUUACAGGAGUGCGCCACCAUUACCAAGAUCGUGUGCCAAAAACCAGGACAGCAGCAAAGCCACAAGGCGUUCAAGCCAAUCGCAAACGAAGGCCACAGAUUGGGGCAGGCGAAGGAGCAGGAGUUGGAGCACGAGCUAGAGCAGGCCAGGGAACAGGAGCUGGUGUUGUGGCUGCCUUUGAUCGCCGCCGACCUGUCACCAUGAAGCGUUUAACUGGUGGUGGUGGUGGUCCCAUUCCCACUGGAAUUUUUCAAACCACUGCCCCAGGACCCAGACCACCUACGAUGGUCUCUAUGGGUGCCCCACGUCGCUGCUUCCGACAGAUCGAGUGGAUCAUGAAACCCUCGAAAAACUUUGUACAGUGCAGCGAGUCUUCCUCGGAGGACUGUCGCCCAGAUGGGGUCUUGGAGUUGCAGGAAGGAAGGUGGCGGAAGGGCAGAACCAGGAGCAGCAGCAGUAGCAGUAGCAACAGCAGCAGCAGCAGCAGCAGCAGCAGCAGAGGUUGCAGCGGUGCCAGCGAAAGCGUAAGCAAAGCGAGACUGGAGUCCACUAAUCUCUCACAGAAACUGGUAAAUUUGCUUAAAUCCUCCUGUCGGCCGGAGGAGCCACUGGUUCGUCCCAAAAAGCGUAGUUCGCGUGUGUUUUGUGUGCCCACCCAGAGGAUUAUGCACUCCGAGGAGCUGUUGCAGGCCCAGUUGCUGCAAAUGCGUCCGCGGAGGAACAAGUUAAUGCAGCGUUAUGGCCACAAUCCCACUUCUCGUAUUCUCACUAGUAAAUCCUUCAAGGAAACUGCUCCCAAGGAAGCUUCUUCUAGGAACUCUUCUCCGAGGAAUGCUUCUCCCAAACGCACUUCUCCUAGGAACGCUUCUCCGAAAGACGCUUCUCUUAUUCACCAGGCUUUGCAGAAGACCCUGGUACAGUCCAACGAAACCGAAAACCCUUACUUAGCCUCCCUUCCAGCCUCUCCCAAGCCCAGUCAAAGCGGAGAAGGAGACCACCCACUGACCAGGAGCCACAGUCAAGCCGGAGACCAGCCACCGAUCAGAAGCCACAGCUUGUGUUCCAUUGAGAAGCCUCUAAGUUCCAGUACCAUAAGCAGUCUAAGCUCCAGUUCAUGUCCCAGCCAAAUAACCCUGGCCAAGCCAGCCACAAGGAGCAACUGCAGCAUAAGCAGCAAUAACAGCAGCCUCAGCACCAGCGGAACCGAGUGCAGUGUGGAGCGCAUGACUCCUAGAUAUCGCGGAACCGGCUCUAAGGCCAUCAAGCUGACAUCAACGGUGAUUAAGAUUAUGCCCAACAAGGCCAAAAGACGAAAGCAUUUAAGCAAAAGCAAGCUACGAUCCAAAACAAACUCCCUGUGCCAGACGAAGGGAGCCAAGGAUCCGGCCAUGAAUGCACCUCUGAGUCAGCCCAUAGCUCCGCCCUUGAAUAUGCCCAAGUUGAAGAUGUCCAAGCUCAGUGUUGGACAGUCGGUAAACCAAAUGGUGAAUCAACUCACGGCUCAGCUAAGGAAGGCAGUGGGAGAAGAUUUGUUAACUUUGCCAGCCAAAAAGAAGGAUCUAGCAACACCAAAGGAGGAGAAAGAAUCACUGAAACUGGACAGGAAGACUUCAAUUUAUUUAUUAAUGGAUCAAGCCAAGUCGGAUCAGAUCAGAGGUGAGCCUUUAACCACCAAGAGUGACUGGGUAAUUCAGCCCAUGAAGCAGCAGAUGAUCAGCGCAGCCCAGGAUCAGGCUAAGAAGGAUGGGAGUGAGCGCUUGAAUCCCUAUAUGAGCGACUCCAAGGAAGCCAUUGGCCACAACUACGAUAUAUAUUUAAAUACACCAGGCGAUCGAGGAGAUCGUGAACCCAAAACUCCUCGAGGAGAGCAUUCCAGGAAGCACCCUUUGCCCUCUUCCAUUCCCUCCAGAAAUACCUUCCACAAUCAAACCCACCUCCCACUCUCUCAAGGCUCUCUUUGGUGUCGUCCUCGCACUCAACGAUCUUCCUUAAUAGCCCAACCAGUGUCGCUGAACCGAAUCCCACGACCACGUCUUCCAGCUGUCCCAGUUCCUGAACCGCAACAGCAGCCCAGACAGGUGCAGCAGCAGGUAGAUUUGGUUACCGCUGCCGCCGGUGGCAAGAUUGUGCGUAAGGCCCAGCACAAAGUGCCUAGGACCAUGGAGGAUGGCAUCGACAUGAGCUACCAGUACUUUGUUUCCAUUCCCCUAAAGCGCGGUCGCAAGCCCCAGGUGGUGCGCUACCUCUACCGUCCGAUGGUGCGGCAUCUCAAUGGAGUGCCACCGGCCAAUCGCCGCUUCUCGAGGCGGGCCAAGCGAAGGAGAGCUGCCACUGGCAGCCUAAAGCUCGAGGAGGCACAGCAAAAGUUAGAUCCUGAUCUGGCAGCUCUUGGAGGAGCCCCUUUGCGACUGGAGGAUGCCCCAAAAGUCGAAGCAAAGAAAGAUCAACCUAAGAAGAAACCAACAUUCAUUUAUGACCCGGAAGCUGCUCUAAAUUCUCCUUACAAGGUGCCCCCUCUCAAGCUCAAGUCCCGCUACAUGCCCAUGCUAGAGCAGCUGGAGCAGAUGCCCUUUCCCGACGAGCAUCUAAAUCGUAGACGUCGCAGCCCUCAACGCCGAGCACGAGCUGUUGGAGGCUCUGAACAAUUGCCACCACCGCCAACGGAGUACCAAGAUCAUCACCAGCCACUUCAAAGCAUCGGAGGAGGCGGCGGAGACGUCAUGGCUGAAGACGAAGGACAUCACACGCCGGUUAUAGUCUGGAGCGGACGAACAGCACAGCCAGUGCCACGCACCUCGGUGGUCAACUAUCAGGCAAAGCCCACACGUCUCUGCACGGCCACCGGUGCUCCCAUCUUGUACCAUCAGCCACUGCUUCUAACCCUCAAAGAAGUGGACUGCAAGCCCAUGAUACGGACAAUAACUUACGAGAGCAUUGAGGAGGAGGAUGAUGGAGAGGAGGAGAUGUGGCAGGGAAUGCAACUUAGAUUGGAGAAGGGGCAGCAGGGGCAGCAGGGGCAGGAAAAUCAGGAAACCAUUUCCAUGCCCAAGUCUGUAAGCUUCCAUCCCGAGCCUGUUAUUCUAAGCCGAGGAUCCACGUCUGCCUUUCAGAGCAUUUCCAGCAGCAGCAGCUGCAGCUCCAUCAGCUCCAGCAGCAUCGAGGGAACCAGAAGCCAGUCCAAGAAGGGCAAGGGUAGGAAGGGUUCCAACAAGGGCAAAGGCAAGAACCGUGGCAAGGGCAAGGUCAAGGGUCGCAAAUGAAGGUUGUUCCCGGCAUGAGUCCUGUACCGAGCAUACUCUUUGGUUUUUUUUUUAUGUUUGGGCUUUACAUAAUAUAAUGAAAAUAAAAAAGAU